AUGGAAAAGUUGAUCACCAUUUUCGGAGCCACCGGCACGCAAGGCACCUCCGUCAUCCACCACAUCCUGAAUGACCCCGACCUGUCCAAGGAAUUCCGUAUCCGCGGCGUCACUCGCGACAUCUCAAAGCCAGCAGCCCAGAAACUUCUCAAUCAUAACAUCGAGCUCCUUACUGCCGACCUCAACAACCCACUCACCAUCCCUCCCACUCUCCAAGACACACACACCAUCUUCCUAGCAACAGACUACUGGACGCACCAAAGCCCAACCAAAGAAUUCCAACAAGCCAAGCACGUCAUCGACGCCGCAACCGCCGCCGGCGUGAAGCACGUGGUCUUUUCGUCUCUGGAUAGCACCAUUCUGCAUACUGAUGGACGGUAUAGGAAUGUCGGUCAUCGGGAGGGGAAGGCUAGAGCGGAAGAGUAUCUUCAGGCGUCUGGGAUGAAAUGGACGGCUGUGUUGGUGGGGUAUUAUAUGAAUAAUUUUUUGGGGUUGGCUGAGAGGAUGAAUGGGGAGAGGAAGGAGGGGGAGGGGAUCAGGGAGGAAGGAUUUUUGUUAAGGUAUCCGUUUGAUGGAGAUAGACGGAUUUUGCCGCUGGUUGACGCGGAGAAGGAUGUUGGGCUAUUCGUGGGCACCAUCCUGAAAGAUCUAGAUGUUUUCGCAGGUCGCCGAGUCCUCGUCGCAGAUCGGUAUUACUCUGCGUGUGAAAUCAUGGAAACAUUCUCUCGAGUGACAGGGAAGAAAUGGGUAUUUUGUCAAGUGACGCCUGAGGAGUUUAGGGCUCUAGCACCGGAUGGAUGUGGAUUGGAGUAUAUGGAGACUCAUUUGAUGAUUGAUGAAUAUGGGUAUUUCAUGGCAGGAGAAGAGGGGUUGAAUGAGAGUAAGGAGUUGGUGAAAGGUGAAACUUCGUCUUUGGGGGAGUACUUGGAGAGGGUUUCUGGCUAUUGGGAUUGA